UGUUGCUGCGGGCUUCCGGUCCCGCCCGCCGCGGCGUCCCUGGCGUCCUGCCGUGUCUGAGCCGUUGCUGACCCGAGUGGGUCCGGGCCGCCACGGUCUGGAGACGCAGUCAUGCCGCGGUAUUACGAGGACAAGCCGGAGGGCGGCGCGUGCGCGGGCGUGAAGGAGGACCUGGGCGCCUGCCUGCUGCAGUCGGACUGCGUGCUCCAGGAAGGAAAAUCCCCUCGGCAGUGUCUGAAGGAAGGAAACUGCAAAGCUUUGAAAUACUCAUUUUUUGAAUGUAAAAGAUCAAUGGGAGUGACGCUGACUUUGCAGUUUUGGACCCUCCAUCCCACCACACCACCCUUAAGAAGUGGCUGCACUGUGAGGCUUCGGUCAAAGGACAUGCAGUUGACCUAUGGGUGUUGGAUGCCAGAUCAAGAUUCAGGGGAAGAAAAGGAUAUUGAUGCGACUAUGUUGAAACCAAGAUGAAAACAACAAAGGAUUUUCUCUGGUCUUUAACACAGAGAAGCCAAAAUUGGAAACAUACUUUUUGCUACAUCUGUUCACUUGGACCAGUUUUUCCCUACAUGGACACUGAAGAAAAUGGAUAAGUUCUGGUUUGAAUAUGUUAUAAAGUAAAUGAUUCUCUUGCUCUAAGUUAUUUUUAGAGGAAAACUUAAUUGAAUAGUUAUGGGUUGGAAACACAAUAGAUGUGUUUUAAGAAUUGUUCUGAAGCACAAAGAAUGGAAAGAUUGUUAUUUUCAAACUUGACUCCUCAACCAAAUGACACAGUUGGUACAUCCUUUGUGAAGACUGUGAAGGCCACUGAUGUGCCAUGGAGGCUGGUGAGAAAAUGUCCAUUGGGAAAGUUUAGGAUAAAACUUUGAUUCUUUUAUUCAGUCUGUACUGUUUAGUUCUAAAAUAAAUUGUGCUUGAUUCCUUGGAGAAGAAA